AAAAACAGAAGCACGAGCACGGACGGGUGAAGAUUGGGCAUUACAUUCUCGGUGAUACGCUCGGCGUCGGCACCUUCGGCAAAGUCAAAGACUUCAUGACUGGUACCUGUAUUUCAUAACAAUGUUGUAUUUAUUCUGAAUGGCUUCAUAAUCAGUUUCCUUUUCCAACUGACAACUUACUGAACUGAGUUUAGAGACUGCUGCCCCUGCACUUCAACAAUUAAAUCACUGCUGCUUUGAGAUUCUGUCACUGUCUCAGAAAUCUUGGUGUGAUGCAUAGCUAUAAUGAAGCUUGAAGUUGGCAAACAUGAGUUAACUGGGCAUAAAGUUGCAGUGAAGAUCCUGAAUCGACAAAAGAUACGCAGCCUUGAUGUUGUAGGAAAAAUCCGCAGAGAGAUCCAAAACCUCAAACUCUUCAGGCAUCCUCAUAUAAUUAAACUGUACCAGGUCAUCAGUACACCAACUGACAUUUUCAUGGUGAUGGAAUAUGUUUCAGGAGGAGAACUGUUUGAUUAUAUCUGUAAAAAUGGAAGGCUUGAUGAAAAGGAAAGUAGACGUCUGUUCCAGCAAAUCCUUUCUGGCGUGGAUUACUGUCACAGGCAUAUGGUGGUACAUAGAGACCUGAAGCCUGAAAAUGUGCUGCUUGAUGCACACAUGAAUGCUAAGAUAGCUGACUUUGGUCUAUCAAAUAUGAUGUCAGAUGGAGAAUUUUUAAGAACAAGCUGUGGUUCCCCAAACUAUGCUGCACCAGAAGUAAUUUCAGGAAGGUUAUAUGCAGGUCCAGAAGUAGAUAUUUGGAGCAGUGGGGUUAUUCUCUAUGCUUUGUUAUGUGGAACACUUCCAUUUGAUGAUGAUCAUGUGCCAACCCUUUUUAAGAAGAUAUGUGAUGGCAUCUUCUAUACCCCUCAGUACCUGAAUCCGUCUGUGAUUAGUCUUUUGAAGCAUAUGCUGCAAGUGGAUCCAAUGAAGAGAGCAACAAUCAGAGAUAUUAGGGAACAUGAAUGGUUUAAGCAGGACCUUCCAAAAUACCUGUUUCCUGAAGACCCAUCAUAUAGUUCUACUAUGAUUGAUGAUGAAGCCUUAAAAGAGGUGUGUGAGAAGUUUGAAUGCACUGAAGAGGAAGUGCUAAGUUGUCUAUACAGCCGAAAUCAUCAGGACCCUUUAGCAGUUGCUUAUCACCUCAUUAUAGAUAAUAGAAGAAUAAUGAAUGAGGCCAAAGACUUCUACUUGGCUACAAGCCCACCAGAUUGUUUUCUGGAUGAUCACCAUCUAUCUCGCCCUCAUCCAGAAAGAGUGCCAUUUUUGGUAGCUGAAGCACCACGCCCUCGCCAUACUCUUGAUGAGCUGAACCCACAGAAGUCAAAACAUCAGGGUGUGAGAAGAGCUAAGUGGCAUUUGGGAAUAAGGAGUCAGAGUCGACCAAAUGAUAUUAUGGCUGAAGUCUGUCGUGCAAUUAAACAACUGGAUUAUGAAUGGAAGGUUGUAAAUCCAUACUAUCUACGUGUUCGAAGGAGGAAUCCAGUAACAAGUGCAUAUUCCAAAAUGAGUUUACAGUUGUAUCAGGUCGACAGCAGGACAUACUUACUGGACUUCCGUAGCAUUGACGAUGAAAUUACUGAAGUAAAGUCUGGGACUGCAACUCCAAAGAGAUCAGGUUCAGUGAGCAACUACAGAUCUUGUCAAAAAGAUUCAGAUGCUGAUGCACAAGGAAAACCUGCAGAUGCAUCCCUUACCUCAUCAGUGAGCUCUUUGCUUGACUCUUCUACAGUUGACUUAACUCCAAGACCAGGGAGUCAUACGAUAGAAUUUUUUGAGAUGUGUGCAAAUCUUAUUAAAAUACUUGCACAAUAAUUUUGAAGAUAGGCUUAUUUCUUUCAUAGCAAUAAGCAUGCCUAAAUCAUAGUCUGAUGCUUCCAAUUAUAAUCAAGUUAAAUGAACUAAAGCGCUGAAACAGUUAGCCACAGAAUGCUAUUUGCAUGGGGAUUAAAAUGAUUAUGGGCAGUUGACAUAUAUUAUUUUGAAGCUGGAGUGAAUUGAUUGUCACCUGUAAUAAUGUAACACAAGUACAGGGAAUCGUGCCCUCAGGGCAGUGUUAAUGAUAGAGUGCACAUUGGGCUGCAUGUAACACUUUAGACAGACCCUUGUAUUUUUCACUAGUAAUACAUACAUCUUGUGCACUGUAAGUAAAUGUACAUGUACUAUAAGUGUGACUUGUUGGUCACCAUCUACAUUUGUGCCUCAGUUGGUCAGCUAUCUACAUCUUCAAACAGCAGUGUGCUAAAACUACUGUGUUUCUUUCCCCUUAUUUGACUGUAAAUGAUUAAGAGUACUUUAAUGUGUUACAAUGUACUACUUUUAACAACUGAUUAAUUUGAUUAAAUGCAUGCAAAUCCAACCCGUUGGAAAUGCAUGUAGGUGCUCUGUAAUGCGUCAAGGCUGAAUUCUGUGGGCUGUGAGUAGAACAACUGAGGCCACAACAAUGGUGAGAGACUUAACACUGAAAAGACUUGGCACUGCAUGAGCUAAACCGAAAUCUGCACCAUGAAGGAGAACUAUCAGCAAAUUUCUGAUCUGGGCAUAAACAUUAGUGUGGCAGCAUCACAGCAAGCUCCCUGCUGCUGCUGCUGCAGGCUGAGUCAUCCUUAGAAGCAUGUGCGUGUACUUAAGAGCACUGCCACUGAUCUGUGCUAUUUGGAAAUCUGAAAUUGAGUUUUUAAAAUAGGUUAAUGCUUUGAUACAACUGUGUAUCAUGUCUUAACUUAGCAUAUUGCAUGAGUUCCCUUUGCAGCUCAAACUGUGUACAUGGAUUUGGCUUUCCCAGGCCACCUUUGUAGCAAACUUUGUUAUUUAAAUUAAUUGUGAAAAUAGAUAGUCCAGCUUUUCAGUUCAACAUUGAAAACUGAUGAUGAAAACUUAAGUGCUAAUGUUCAAAAAGUUUUAAACAGUAGCUUGCGGGUACCUAUAGGCCUGCAUUUAUGUUUUUUGCAGUGUUUCAGGAACGUUAUAUGUUGAAAUCACAGCUAAUACCUGCACAAAACCAUAUAGUUUCUUGCAAAUCGGAUUUAAUUAGCCACAGUUCCAUUUCAUUUUGCACUAAUAGAUAAGCAUUAAUAGAUAUAAACAGUAAACUAUGUCAUAAGCCAUUUAGUUUUGCAUUCAAAAAUUCAUGUUCUCAUCAAAAUAAACUUUAUGACCUACCUAAUUCCAAAGGAUGCUCUCCUAUGGAGAGACUGGAAAUCAAGGUAUUACUAUGAACAGUGAAACCAUCUUGAAAGGGAUAGGGAUUUUUACCAGUGACUGAGACUUCAUUCACAGAAGACUGCUAGCUACAGAUAGAAGAACAGUUUAAUUCAGGCUGACUUGCUUCAGUCCAGGAAUUUGUGUGUAAUGAAUGUGUACAGAACCUGAAGAAACAUCAAGCUGCGUUAGGUCCCUCUAACUGCUCUAACUGCAUUCUGAACUGGGCAAAUGUGUGGUCUGUCUAGUUUGUAGGUACAAGUUACGACUUCAGUUCUUUAUUCUCAAGUAUCACAUGUCCCUGCAAUACAGGAUUAUGUAACUGUAUCUCAAAGGGGAAGACCUUCCCUAGGAGUUUAAAUCCAAAGCUUUUUCUGAAAUAGAGGUAUCAGCAUGAGGGACCAGCUUCAAAUACUAUUUUUUUGAAGUCCUGUUUUUGGUCUUGGAAAAAUUGGUUCUGAUGUACUGAAUAAACCAGUUCAUUCAUUUUUGUUACCCUUUUAUUUUGAAAUGGUUAAAUAUUGCACUUGUACAAACAUAGGGAAUGCACAGUUUUUGAAAUGGUGAUAAUUCGUCAUCUGGAAUUGGUUUGGGAUCACUUUCAUAUGUUAAACUAAAAAUUUAUAAAUGGCAUCUGCUUGUUGUAAUGCUGUCCACAAAUGAAAGGUGUCAAGGUGCAAAUAGCUUUUGAUUUUUGUAUACUUUUUUUGCGCUCUCAUGCAUUAGGACAACCAUGUUUUUUCCCGUCUUCGUAUCUGGAGGUUAGGGUAAAUUUCUGGAAGAAAUGUACUGUAUGUGUAGCUUUAAAGAAAGUAAAUUUUAUUGGUAAGAUACAUGAAUUUUGAUGGCUGAAAGUUUUGUGAUUGAACUGAGAUUUUUAUAGGGGAUGGGGGGGAAGGGGCACUGGCAGCCUAGUUGAACCCAGAACAGCUGUCUGUUGUGUGACUUUUUCUAUGGUUUGUAGAUCUUGCUGUUGAAACAGCUUGUGGUUUGUUUUUGGGGAUUUUUGUCACAUCAGCCUCUGCCAAAAGGCUGUGAGACAGAACACUGAGAAAUCUGCCAGGGUUAUUAGGAGGCAGCUUAUGCAAAUACACAAUUACUUUUAUUAUCUGUUGUUACUCUGUAUUCCCAAGCUUACUCACAUUGGAGUACAUUUAAUUAUCUUGUUUCUCUAUUUUUUUUCCAAAACAUGGAUAAACUCGAUUGUCCAUGUGCAGUAUAGCUUGUUAGGUGUAAUGGAUAAAAAUUCAUCUUAGUGGUGCAAUAUAAAAAAAAAAACAAAAAACAAAAAACACACAAACAAACCACAACCUCCAUGUUUGUCUCGAUAGGGAUUUUUAAUACAAACUUGGAAAUAAGUUUUAUUUUACGAGUUGAUUACCACUGUACGAUAUGAAGUCCUGGUCUUUAACAAAGAUGUGCCUACUCCUAUGUUAAUUUCUUUUGAAAAAGCUGAAUGGCAACACUGCUUGUUUAUAACUGUGUUAACUUUUUAAACUUUCAAAACAAGUAAACAUGAAAUGCUGAACCACCUCUUUUGAAA